AUGCCACCAACCUUUGAACAUCCACAUGGUUACACGUUCAGUGUAAAGGAAGAAGAAGGAGGAGGACUCAGUGUUGGCUUUGUUAAGGUAUUUAUAUUAUUUUCCAUCUGAUUAUUGUUAAAUCCACAGGGAAAGACCGACAGCCAGUCGUUUGCAGGUCGGUUAUUGCUAUAAAAGUCCUUUUUUCGCAUUCGUAUUUUCUAGAUCUAAAAAUAUCUUUAAUUUGCCUAAUUUCAGUAAUUAAUUUUUAAAAGAGUAAUGCUGAUUUUAAGAGAUUGACACACUUUAGAGUGGCUAUUUUUAGUUUAUGCUGCAAUGUAGACAUCUGCCGUCCGACUCACUCAAUCCAUGCAAUUUAGUUCAGUUGCCAAAUAACUGGCUACAGAUUUUUCAGUUACUAUGGUAAUUAACAAUGUCCGUAAAAUAGCUUUCACUUAAAACAAUUUGGUAUUUGCACGCUACCAUUAUUGUAGGCUGAAAUUCAAAUUUUGCUAUUGCUCCAUCAAUUUUGAAGUGCUUAUGAGAAUUGUUGGUGGCAUAUAGAUGAGGGUGAAAGUCCCCCCCCCCCCCCCCCCCCCCCCCCCCCCCCCCCCACCCCCCGCGGGCGGCUACCAGUUUAGGUAUUAUAUAUACAACUUCUAUUUUUUUACUAUCACAAACCAAAACUAUUUGUUGAGUAUUUAUUGUGUGAUGGGUGCGAUGUACAUAUUUUACCUGUAAUUUUAUUUAAGUUCCCAAUAACUGGGUUAAAAUUUUUUCAUUACUUUUGGAAAUAAACAAUUCCGGUAAAAAAGUUUCCCUUUAAAACAUUUUGCAUUUUGACGCUACCAUUUAUUGUAGGUUGAAUUUAAAAUUUUGUUUUUCUCCCACCAAUUUUGAGUGGUUAUGAAAAAUUUUUGGGGGUUAAUAGAGGGGGGGAAAGGCCCCCCCCCCCGCCCCCCCGCUAGUUGAAAACCGCGGUGAGCUGCCUUAAAUAUGAGUUUAAGUCAACAAUUUUUCGAGUUUCGAGCAAUCCAGACCAAAUUAUUGGGAAUAUGUUCUGGCUUGGCGCUUAGGACAAAAUUACUGUUUCAUUUUGCGUUUAAAAUGAGAAAGCUAUGGGCAAAAGUUCAAGUAAACGUUGUACGUAGUAUUUCAUCCGAUAUUCAGAUACCGACAAGGGGGUUGAAAACCGUUGCGCGGAGCAAUUUUUUUUAAGACCGGCUUCAAGGUGUCUAGAUAUCGGAUGCGACACUGAGUGGAGUAAUGUUUGAUAUAGCUUUUGAAAUAAACAAAAAUUCUUAAAGUAAUUCAAAGUUAAAGUACCAAACCUUUAAUUGAAGUUGUCAUCCAACCUCCAAAUUUCCAUACUUUCUUUCCAUUUCGAGAAUUGUUAAAGGGGCUCUGUCACGCAAUUUUUCUUCGCUUUAAAAUGCCAAAACUUGUCUUCACAGUAAUUGAGUUCCAAACCUAAAUGUCCAGUUUUGUUAUUUAAGACUAUAGAAUUAUUUAGGCAUUGAAACUAUUUUCUGCCAUCUGCUACGGAUGGCAAGGAUGGCAGUGGAUUGGAACUUAAAAACGUUGCGUCAACCUUUUCAAGUUUUAAUGCCAAGCCAGCACAAGCUGCUAAAAAAUAUUAUGGUUGGUGCUCCCUGAUGCCAUUUGUUUGAUACCUUCUUCGUUAGUAACUCUACAGGAGCAUUUUGUGUAUGAGUAAAGACACAAAUUAAUUUCUUGAUCUUAGAAUUGACCUAAAACAGCAAUAAAUAUCCUCGUGACAUAGCCAUUUUGAUGAGUAAGAGAAUUGAUUGUCAUGGACAAAAGAAAUGUCGGUUAAGCGGGUAGGCAGUCCUAUACCUCAACUGUCUUUUGAUCGUCAGUCCUAACCUUCUUUUCCGUAAAAUAUAAUCACCCUUUUUCGUGAUACCUAAUGAAUGUUUCUUUUUAUUACCCUUCGAACAGGCCUUAUAUUUUGAUUUAAGGAUGAAUGGCAAGAUCUCCUAUUCGUUUACCGAACCUACAAUUUUGUGAGUAUUCGACCUUUAUCUGUCUUUACUCGGCCGAAUCUCUUUGUUGAAUGUGCCUUGCUUAUAUAUUGGGUUUGAUGGCUCUUAAAUCAGUGAUACUAGGAUCCUUUCGUUGCUUUAAUUCUAGAAGCAAAUGUAUUCAGACUUGACAAAACUAAAAUACAUAGCUAAUGAUGAAUUUACGAAGCAGUUUCUCUUAAUUAUUUCGUUAUGGUAUUUGCUUUACGCUGUUUUCGUGGGCCCUUAUCCCCCUAAAAGUUAGUAAUGAAAGAUAGUGUCGACUGACUAGCGAUCGUCACUUUUGCUUCGCUGUUGGGACCUAUCACUUCAUUCCUGGGUUUUCGAAUACGAAAUGAGCAAAGGCCUUAGUCUAAGUUGGAGCUUAUGUUAAGUGUUAUAUUCCUCCACAUGUUGAUAUGUAGAAUAAAAACCGUCCACGCUGCUUAAGGAAUCACUUGUUUUGUGUUUUAGUUUCCAGAUAAACCAAACAUCUGGCGAGAUACAGACUUCUGUAUCUCUUGAUCGUGAGACCGUAAACCGCCACAUGCUUACCGUUGUCGCAGCUGACAACAGCAGUCCCGAAUCUCUGAGCAGCCAAGUGGAAGUGCUAGUGCUAGUUGAAGACGUUAAUGACAAUCCGCCAGUGUUUGUGGAAAAGGAAUACUCAUUAUCUCUGAGCCUGUAUACACAACCUGGGCUCCUUUUAAGAGUGAAUGUAAGACAAGUUUUGUGUUUUUGGGUGAAGAACGGUUUAUGUUUCAUUCUAUUUUGGACGAUCAAAUGUGACUCGCAUUGUGUUGCGACUUACUUAUCUUAUACGAAAGAAUCCAGAAGUUUCAUUACAACUCCUUAAGGUAUCGCUAUUUUUUGCAGUGAUUUUAGUACCCGUACGACUUGCCUUCCUUGAGGCAUAAAACUUCUCAAAGUUAUUGACGGCGUGCGCCCUGUAGGGCGCAAUGAUCGAUCGAUCGAUCCGAGAUGUUUUUAAAGAAUAUUCCCUUUGUGUGAUUUUGAACCUGUUUUUGAACCUGUAUCACGUCAUGCCCAUAAAGUACCUCUACAAAUGAUUUCUGUACGAAUUAAUAGAGAGUUUAAGCUUCACGUAUAGGUUAUAGGCAAACGUCAGAUUCAAGUUGAGAAUUUCUCAAAAUAUAAAAACAGCGCAAAACAAUUCCUAUGGAUACAAAACUGCGGGAAACUACGUAUUUAUGUGUAGAAAUAAUGAAGAGUAAACGACGAGUGAUGGGGAAACAUGGUCAGCUGGUACAAAUUUGCGUUUGCCGUUUGACGUAACUGUGAUGCUUAACCUCUCUAUUGGAAGCAUUUCUACGCAAAAAAAUUAGUGUAGUGGGUACUGAAUGCGCGUAGGUGAGCUACGUACAGUGUUUUUAACUUUAAUACACUUACAGGCUUUUCGGCACAAAAUUACCCUUUAAUCCCUUUUUAACGCUGAAAAAGAGAAGAAAAUCAAAAUAGGCCACAGGAAAAGAUGUUAAAGUUUCGAAGGUGUUCGGUUUCAAUGUCGAACCCACCUGGAGUGUACCAGCUUCUUUCAUGAGUGAUAUCGUUCCUGUUUGUGGCUCAAGUCCUUUUAAUGUGGCCGUUGUUCCACCAACAAGUGAAAUUAAAAAAAAGGAAAUCCCUACCAAACUAUUUGAAGACUUAUGGUUGGCUGUUGAGGCUCAAGCUUUUUUUUAUAGAACUCAUUGGUCUGUGGAUUGGACUCAUCUUUUCUUCAUGAAAUGGGUCCUUGGAAUGUUUAUGGUGACUUAAUGCAGCCUUGUUUACGUGUUUAUAGGCGACUGAUGCAGAUGUCGGUCAGAAUGCCGAAGUGGUGUACACGAUAACGGACGGAAAUGCCAAUGAGAUGUUCAGGAUCAAUUCAACGAGCGGUGAACUCUUUCUAAUUGCACCAUUGACAGUUGCAGUUGGCGAUUCCAUUGUGCUUCAUGUCAAGGCUGAUGACAAAUUACCGGUUAACUCUCUGCAAGCCAGUGCGCUUGUUAAAAUAACAUUCGUUGGUGGGUAUUUUCAAUGAAACAAUUUCUAAUUAGUCUAUUCUUACGAUACAUUGUUGAAUCCAAAAACGCUGAAUGUUAGGCAAUUUUUUGGGGUGUCUAAACGACCUCAUCAGCAUCAGGCAUGUUACAUUACAAGUUUAAGCUAGUAGCAACUUAUGGCAUCUAAUUGCUUUUGACCAUAUCGCCUCUUCAUCUAAAAUUCUCUGCAAGACUAAUAAACCUCUAUACAGUAAAUCCUUGAAUAAUAAUAUGAGGUCCCACCCCCAAGUAUGGAACCCUUUCAAAUAAACACUCCUUCCCGUACCUUUAAUAACAAUCUACCUUACCGUUUUUGCUACGAUUGAAUUAGCACCUUCAUUGUCAUUUUUAUUUCUUCAACGCUUUUUAGGGAGAAAAAAAUAUAUUAAAUAGCGCUACCUUAUGGUUAGGCGUACAGAGGGUGUUGCUGUAAGAACUUUGUAAAUAGCUUUGAUAUCAAUACACGGCAUGUGUUUUGGUGCGAGGGCCUUUCACCCGCUAACCUUUGACCAGAUUAUCCACACCGACCUCUAUAAACUCCCCGGAAUUUCUUUAAAACUCAAUCCAGACCAUUUAACAUGCUGAUCAUUUUGUUUUUCUCGUACCUUCUAUUUUUAAUCGAUGAUAUUUAAAGGGAAAUUAGCUGCUGGUCGCUCGAAGGUUUGACGGGGUUAAUCGCAAACGCUAUUUGAUGUGUAAAGCCGGUGGCUAUCUGUCUAAGCAGGAUUUUAAAAGAUGUAUAUGGACGCACCUCGGAGAAAGUCCAUUCCCACCCAACUGCCUUAAUAAGCGUCCAGGUGUCCUUCUCUUACAUAUUGCUGAUUAAAAAUUUCCCCACAGGUGUCGCAACAACAGCUUCCCAAGAAGAUCCUGUUGCCUUAGUUUCUGGAGUAAGCGUGGGUGGAAUUCUUUUAGUUGGUGCCAUAGUUUUGCUGAGCCUAUACAUAUGGUAGGUUUUCCCCCUAGGCAUUUGGUUAUUUCCGCGAUCCAUGGUAGAAUAUGGUUCACGUUGUCCAUCUAUAACUUUUGUUGAAAUGUUUUUAGAAACGCCACUAACAGGUAAAUUCACGCAAAACAGCGAAGAGAUACCCCAAACCCGUUGAAAACAGUACCGACGAAAUUGUUGCAGUAGGCACCAUACCGGUGAGAGCGUUGGACCUGCAAUCUGGUGACCUCAAUUUCAAGUCCCGCCCUGACCGCAGGCUUGAUUUGUUUGCGUUAGUUCCGAGCUAAAAUACUGGACUACGUUUGUAAUUAGCCUGUGGCUACUGUGCCUCUGAACCCUGUGGUAUUUAUUAUAUUUAAUUUAUUUCAGGUUUUUUUUCUCGGCCCCUCUAGUCUUUGCGCUUUUAACACUGUUGCAAGUAAAUAAAAGAAUAUUAGCUUUAUCUGUCCUGGCCAGUUUUUCCGUGUUUACUAUUGUUGUUAUUUCGUUUUUAGGAAGAAAAGAAGAAAGAGAGAUUGGGAUAGAAGAAGAAAACAGGAAUCACUACCCAUGAUUUGUACACGUCAAAAGGAACCCCGUUAUGAUGAACAUUUCAGCAGUAUGAGAAAAACAGAGAAGAGAUCGUCAUCUAAUCUAUACCAUCUUAAGAACAAUUCAGGCUCCUGUGUGAACUUGGAACACAUAGAAAUGGAACCAUGGAUCCCUUCUCCAUCACAGAUUCCCAUACACACUUCUGGUAGUUUCUCUUCCGAAAGCGAAUUCUCCAUGGCGCGGUUUAAGGGCUCCCAGGUUGUCGUUGAAGUUAGCGCAACAAAACCGAAGGUACAAAUUGGUCUGACGUCUCUAGCACAGAAAUCAGAGAUUCCUUCAUCUCAUUAUGAGGCUAAGAUCUCAAACGUCAGCAAAGACAUCAGUAAGAGAGAAUCUCUAAAAGAAGGGACGCACAUUGAAUUUUUUCAAAGUACAGUAGUGCACAGAUCACCAUCAGCCCCAACAUUGCUAAAACAAAACUCCCAGAACUCAGUCUAUCAGCAACUAAAAGCAAUGACACCAGUAAGUGAAUGGAGAUCUCUUCCCGGUUCGCGGCUUAACUUGGAACCUGAAUCAGUAUCGUUAGCUAGCAGGGAUAGUUAUGGCAGAGUAUUGCCUCACGUCGAAUCAACAGGGAUGAAAGCGGAAAAAGAGCAAAGAUACAGCCACACUUGCUUGGAACACACUGAAAUGGAAUCUCAACCACUGUCACUAAUGCCACAGCAAAGAUCCCAGAGUUUGGUUUCUCUGCCCGAUAAAUGUCUGGUUUCGGCUAGGGUAAACUCGGCCCCUAGUUCAACGUAUAGAAUGCAGCUCGGUGAGAUGGAAUCGGAACCACCUUUUCCAUCUCUCAAAGGAAGACCCAGAACUCGUAUAUUACCUAAUGAUGGGUACGCGCCAGUGCAAGCAGAGUUGGCACCUAGUUCCUUAAAAGGAGCACAAGCAAGCUGCAGCGCAGAUUCACAAUCCAAAUCAGCUUCGCUAUCGACAGAGGAACUAUCUACGAGUUUAAGGACACAAACAGCUGAAAACGGAGAAGGUUAUAGCCAGGUUAGUUUGCGGCUCAGUGAGUUAGACCCUGAAUCACUCUCGCCAUCUCCAAAGAAAAGGUCUGACGAUUCAAGGUCACUCACAGACUUUGAAGGUAGGGUAGACCAAGGUGACACGUCCGUGGUUGCUUCAUAUCCAAGAAAUGUAGUAGAAAGCCAAACUCCAGUAUAUCCUGAAGAAAGCCGAGACCUUCGUACAGUUACAUUCAAGUCAUUACCAGCGCUUCAACCUCCAGAUACGACGUUUGAGAAAUCAAAGGAACAACCAAUCAAGCCAACGACUGGUCAAACUAGUGGAGUGAAGUCAUCUCCCUGUAUCGUGGGGGAAAAAUGUCUUGCAGAUGGAGUACGAAAAACUCCAUCAUCGUUGGAAGAUAUCAGUGAAGGUGCAUGUCACAAGGAGAUACUGUCAACGGAACGGACAGGGACACCUGUUCUCGUUUCUUCCUCAGAUAAUUCAUUUAAGUCAUUAUCGAACGAAGACGUUCCACUACAUGGCUAUAAGACUGCUUUAGUUGGCUCCUCGUCGUUUCAGUUAAUGAGUCAAUUUUCCCGAAGUAGAUCAUCAGACAAGGAGUCAAAUAGUUCAUUGGAAGAUAAUGAUUUUUCCGCGGAAUCUUUGAAACAAGUUUCGGUUGGUUCAUCAUCGCAAUUUCAGCCCCCAACGUCCCGUUUCGAAGACGAUUCAAGGUCACUCACAGGCUUUGAAAUUAGUGUGGACCAAGAUGACACGUCCGUGGUUGCUUCAUAUCCAGGAAAUGUAGUAGAAGGUCAAAAUCCAGUAUUUCCUGAAGGAAACCGUGACCUUCGUACAGUUACAUUCAAGUCAUUACAAGCGCUUCAACCUCCUGAUACGACAUUUGAGAACUCAAAGGAACAGCCAAUCAAGCAAAUGACUGGUCAACAAAUUACUGAAGUGAUGCCAUCUCCCUGUAUCGUGGAGGAAACAUGUCUUGCAGAUGGAGUACGAAAAACUCCAUCAUCGAUACUGGAAAAAGGACGAAAAUCUAGCGAAUGUGGAGAGGAUCUAGGUGAAUCAUCUUCAUCAUCGUCAAAAGAUGGAUCCGACAGUUUAUCUUCAGUUGAGCAUCGUUUGUUAACAGAAAAAGCAAAAGCAUCACCCCAGUCCUUAACAGGAUCGCUAGCCCAGGCGGGUCUAACUUCUUUAUCGAUAUUACUUUCAUCCGAAAAGCAAGUAUCCGAACUUUCACAGCCUUCAAUUGAGAGUCGUCUGUCACCAGCUGGAGUAAAGUCAGCAACGAGCUCCUUGACGGAGGCCCAAUUAAAUGUCUACGACGAGGGGACAGUUGCUGAGACUUUUAUAAUACCGUCAGAAAGUUCAGAACUGAUAGGUGGACGGUUUGAGGACAAGGAACUUGUUUCACGAUCCACAUCGAUAUCAUUGUCCAGCAAAGUUAUGUCAGGAGGGGUACAGUCUGAUACUCUAUCUCGGGCAGAGUCUUUGAAAAAGGCUCCAGUUGGCACAUCAUCGCAAUUUCGGCCUUCAACUUCCCAUUUGCAAGACGAAACAAGGUCACCCUCGUGCUCUGAAGGUAGUAUGGACCAAAAUGAUGUGUCGGUGGCUGCUUCAUAUCAAAAAGAAUUAGUAGAAAGUCAAAAUCUAGUUUUUCCUGAAGUUGGCCGUGGCCUAACUGUAACUACAUCCAAGUCAUUAAAAGAGAUUCAACCUCUAGAUACAACAUUUGAGCAUUCAAGCGAACAACCAAUCAAGCAAACUACCAGUCAACAGAUGAAGUUGGAGUCUAAAUCACCCUCAUCUUCUAAAGAGGAAAGUUCUGAAUCCUUAUAUUUGUUUGAGGAUCGGUUGUUACUAGAGGGAGCAACCUCGGUGCCCAAUCUUCGAAAGGGAUAUCAAAAAGGCAGCUCUAUUGAAUUAAGAUCAAACUCAGCUCCAUUAUUGACGGCGGAAAUUUCUCAGAGCUUAUCAUCACAGGUGGAGCCUGUGGGAGCGAGAACUGGAGGAGAACAGUGCUUCAGUCAUGCUGGCCGUGAGUUGGGAUCUGAAUCACUUGCAACGUUUUCAAAGAAGAGAACCGACAGCUCACCUUUACUUGAAGAUCGGCUCCCACCAGAGAGAGUGAAGUCAACACCCACUCUCUCAGAGAGAUCGCAGGAAACUAGCACUUUAAAUUCUCCAUCAAACUCGGCUUCAUUGCUAACAGAGGAAUUUUCUCAGAGUUUAUGUUCACAAAUAUGGCCUGCGAAGGUGAUAGCUGAAAGAGGGCAAAGUUACAGCCAUGGUAGUUUGGGCCAAGAUGGGUUUGAAUCUGAAUCACUUUCACAGUUGACAAUGCAGAGAUCUCAAAGUUCAUCAUCUUCACUUCACGAUCAGUGCUCACAAGCAGCACCGAGUUCCUUGAGGAAGCUAGGAAUAAGCGUCAGUGAUGACUCGGCAUUAGAAUCAUCUCCAUGCCUCGCAGAAAAGCAGCCCCAAAACUUGUUACCACAUCCUGAACCUGCAGCAUCGAUACUGGAUAAAAAACGAGAAUUUAGCGAGUGUAAAGAGGAUGUAGGUGAAUCAUCUCCAUUAUGGUCAAAAGAACGAUCCGACAGAUUAUCUUUACUUGAGCAUCGUUUAUUACCAGAAAAAGCAGAAGCAUCACCUCAGUCUCUCUUGGGAUCGCUAGCACAGGCCGGUGUAACUUCUUUAUCGAUUUUAGCUCCAUUUUUAACGAAGGUCCCUUCUAAUAGAUUAUUGUUACCUAGCCAGACUGCAAGGAAGCCGGCGGAAGGAGAACAGAAAGACAGCCAGGGCAGCUUAAAACUUGGUGCUGUGGAAACUGAAUCACCUUCAUCUGGAAAACAAGUUUUCGGGAGUUCUUUGUCUUCUCAUGACGGACGUUUGUCAUCAGUUAUAGCAAAGUCAAAACCCAGUUCUUUGACUGACGUGGAAGUAAAGAUCGAUGAUGGAGGAAAAAUAACUGAGACUAUGACUUUACCAUCAGAUUUUGUUGAACAGAUAAGCGGAAAGUUUGAAAGCGAGAAACAUAUUUCACGACCUUUUGGAAAAUCAGCUUCCAGUGAUGUUAAGACCCCUGCAGGAAACGUGGACCUUGGUAGUUUACAGUCUGAUGCUCAGUCCAAGUAUUCGAUACAGGCUUCGGUUGGUACAUUGCCACAACGUACGCUUGCAACUUCGCACUUGGAAGGCGAAUCAAGGUCAGCCCAGGACUCCUUAGGUAGAGUGAUCCUUAGCGAAAUGGAAUACAAGUCGUUCGACACUUCACAUCCAAAACAUGUAUUGGAAAGUCAAAAACAAGUAUUUUCGCAAGUUAGCCUUGACCCCCGCACAGUUACACCCAUCUCAUUACCCGCCUUAAAAUUUCCGAACAAGAGCUCGAGCGAAACAGAAAUCAAGCAAUCAGUGGGCAAACGGAUUGUUCAAGUAAAGUCAUGUCCCUGUAUCCUGGAAAGUUAUGCACGAGAAACACCAUCACAGAUGAUGGGAGUUAGGGAUGAUCAAAAUUAUGAGGAGUUGCCAGCCAGAGACAACUCAGUGACAGCUGUUAACAGUCCUUCCUUAGAUGAUUCAUUCACGUCAUCCUCGAACGAAGAUGUUCCGAUAAGCUCCUACAAGACUGCUUUAAGUGGCCCCUCAUCGUUUCAGAUACCACAUCAAUUUUUCCACAUUGAAACAUCGGACCAGGAAUCAACUAGUUCAUUCGAAGAUAAUAAGUCCUCAUCGGCUAGUGAAGGCGAUUUGCGCGAUAAUGAAUCCUGUACGAUCCUCAAGACUCACGAAAAUAUCCAUGUGGAAACGUUCCCUGGAGUGCUCAAAAGUGCUGAACGUCUAAUUUAUCUGAAAACUGUAGAUUCACACCAAACUGUUAUGCGGCCUGCAUUUACAGUGGAACAAACUGAGGACCUUUCAAAGUUACCAUUGGCGGAAACUCCGAGACCCUCCCUUUCUACACCACAGAGGGAUGAUUCAGAAAGACCGCCACCCCGUUCUUCCGCAGAAGAUUCAUCUUCGAACGAGGACGUUACUCUGAGCUCCUAUACUACUGUUUUACUUGGGUCUACGUCGGUUCGGGUACCGAGUCAAUUUUUUCAAAUUGAAUCAUCAGAUAAGGAAUCAAGUAGUUCACUCGAAAACAACGAGUUUUCUUCAUCUGGUGAAGAUAAUUUGCGCGAUAAUGAAUCGUAUCCAAUGCUAGAAACUCUGGAAAAAUUACAUGUGGAAAGUUCGCACGAAGUUCUAAAAGUCGCUGGACGUCUAGACCAUCAUAAAACAUUAGAUUCAUAUCAAACUCACGUGCUACCCACACUUACAGGGGAACAAACCGAGGACCUUUCAAGGUUAACAGUUGCAGACAGUGCGAGACCUUCCUUCUCUGUACCACGGAAAAACGAUCCAGAAAAAGCGCUUUUCAGUUCUUCCUCAGAUUAUUCAUUCACGUCAUCUGCGAGCGAAGAUGUUCCGAUAAGCUCUUACAGAACUGCUCUAAGUGAUCCCUUAUGGUUUCAGAUACCAAGUAAAUUUUUCCAAAUUGAAUCAUCGGACAAGGAAUCAAGCUGUUCAUUCGAAGAUAAUGAGUUUUUAUCAGCUAGAGAAGGUAAUUUGAGCGAUAAUGAUAAGGAAUCGAGGAGUUACUUGGAAGGUACCGCGUUCUCACCUGCUGAUGAAGACGACUCGCCUCAUAAAGAAUCGUUUCCAAAACGAUAUAUUCAGGAAAAUGUACAAAACGAAAUGGUUAUUCCCGUAAUGAAAACCGACGAUCGGCCAUUGCUGCCCGUUGCGAUUAUGGAUGCCUCUGCAGUUGAAGAACCGGGUUUGGCGUCUCCAAAAGAAAGCCAGUUCGCGGCUGGUUCGUCUUCGCAUUCUUUUCUUGACAUUGAUUUUCUACAGCAAUCAAAGGAAGCGGAUUUCAAUUAUAGCAUAUCAACAGAACUAUAUGGAGUAGAAAAAAGAGACCGAACUUUGACAGAAGUACCUUCUUCAGUGCUCUCUUCUGAUUUAUCCCCCCGAACCGUUUCCAAGGUUCCGCCACAGAGGUCAAGAAUUUCCGAGGUUGGACGGAAGUUUAAAAAAAUUUUCAAGAUAGGGAAUUCGAAAAACAGGCAUAAGGAACUUCAAAAGCUGGAGCCAGAGGGGGAUUCUAGUGAUUUUGACGGCAAAACUGAAGAACCGCCUACUUCAGGUCAUUGGGGAAUAGGACAUCCAACAUCUCAUUCCUCAGUUUCCACGCUACGUGACAAUUGCCCAUUUCUGGCAGUUGCCGUAGAGACUACUGAAAGUUCAAUUUUGCAUAGUAAAGGCAUAGCUCCUUCAGGUCAAGAUUCUAUAUCUAGUGAUGUUGCUAGCUCCAGCGCAAACCUGUAUGCCUCUGCUAUAGAAACUGAACGUCCAGCUACUGUACAGUCUUCAAUACCAAGGGACAGGGGAAUAUUGACAACAGAUGACGCUGCAAUUACCCAAAGAGUAAAUGAAAUGAUAAGUACAAUCGUCAAAAACGCUCGAGCUGCUUUAGAAUGCAAAAUAAAAGACGAGAUAUCAGAGCCUCCUUGUUCGUUAUCAGACGCUGUAACUACCCAAAGGAUAAAUGAAAUGAUAAAUACAAUCGUCAAUAACGCUCGAGCUGCUUCAAAAUGCAAAUUAAAAGACGCUGAGAUGUCAUUAUGUGAGCAGUCAAUGAAAUCAAGUUCUAAGAGUUCAUUAUUGGCAACCGAACCUUUCCUGUCGCCGAAUGCAAAGGACUCGCUAUCAAUUAUCACUGAAAUCUCGCAAGGUAACCGUGAAUGUACACUUCAGGACAUAUCAAGGAGGCCAUCAUCAGAGACUUCGUUUUCCGCCUUCUUGGCAGAGAACAGGGAAACUGCGGGACAAGAGCCCCCUUGUUCGUUAUUAGACACUGCAACUACCCAACGAAUAAAUGCAAUGAUAAAGACAAUCGUCUGUCAUGCUCGAGGUGCUUUGCAAUACCAAUUAAAAGAAAAUUCGUCACUUGAUCAACCCAUGAAGUCAAAUUGCGAGAGUUUAUUAUUAGCAAUCGAAUCCUCCGCCUCGCCUAUAAUUAAGGAAUCAGCAUCAUGUGCCGUUGAAUCUUUGCCUGGUAACCUUGAAUGUUUACUUCAACUUGAAGAAAUACCAUCCUGGACAGAUCAUCCCGAUACCUGGAAAGAAAGUGAAGUGGAAAUUUCACCAGCACCACCAGAAAAUAUUAACGUUGAGGAAGAUACAGAGAAACUACAGGGUGCAGGCUCUUCUGUAGCAUCGCGCAAUAGGGCCUCCUCGGAGGAGAGUCACGACGACCUAACCAAUAACUCUAAUAUGUUUCGAGCGCAGGAGGAUUAAACCCACCGAGUGAACAGAGAUCCUCAUCAACGCACGAUGCGUGUAUUCUUGUCUCGUGUAUGUUGGACAAAUUAUGUGUAGCAGGCAAUGACUCGCGCGAUGACAACUCAAGCAGAGACACUGAUGGAUAGUAAUUUAAAGGACGGACAGCCUGUGGCUAAAGUUGUUGAGUCUUUGGCUAGUUGUCAUUUUAUCCGUGAACUGAGAUGAACGGACACGUGCGUAUCACUUAACAUGGAACGUUCCCACCAGCGUCUAACGUAAAAUGGUUACUCUUGAAACGCUGGACGUCAGACAGUACCUGCAACAUCCCGGGUUACGUUUUCUGUAACUGGCCUGGGAAGGUUCUUUCUUAAGUAUCUUUUUGGCUGGAACGGUCAAAUUAACUUAUUCAGUUGUACAUAACUUGUGAGAAAGGGUAGAAAUAAUUCACAGUCUUAACAGUUCAGAACAAUUUUCGUCUGUUCAGGUGGAACUCAUGUUUGCAAACUUUUGUUUAGGUAGCGACAUUUUAUUGACCAAAUAUCGGAAACAAUCGUGUGCUUGUUUACUACUAACACUAUAGAAGAGCUAACCCAUUGAAAUGAAUUAUGGUAGUUUAUUAGAUUCUUUUGAAAUACAUUAAGUGUUUCAUGGAGGUAGCUCAUAAAAGAAAAUCUAUUACAUCAAGGGGUUUUGUUCCAGAUUUUGUCUUUUUUGAAAGUCAGUGGAGAUCGUUACGUAUUAAAUAGGAGUGGAAGCAAUUUGGUAUCAAAUAAGUUAAUUAAAAUAUAAAUGAUUAGAGGCGAAAGAAGAUUUUAUGCAGUAAACAUCUCGU